AUGGCGGGCUACCGCGGGGGCUCCUCCACCGCCACCUCCGCCGGCGGCGGAGGCGGCGCGGCGGCCGCGGCCUUCGCCACGCGGAUGCUGCUGCUCCUCACGCUGCUGCCGCUCGCGCUCGCCGCCUUCGCCUUCGCGCUCCAGUGGCGCGGCGGCAUGCGGGACCCGGCCGGCGCCGCCUGGCCCGCGGACACGCAGCGCUUCCCGGGCAUGGAGAACAGCCCGCUGGGAUCCUCCUCCUCCUCUUCCCACGGGGGCGGAGGCUCCUACUUCGCGGUAUCCUCCUCCUCCUCCUCCCCGGGAGCCGACUGCGCCGAGAUCCUCGGCCGGAGCGCCGCGUCCUCCAACGGAAUCUCGCUCUACCGUGGGUGGAACUUCGAUUCCGAAUCUGCUAUAACCCCCAAGGCCUUUGUGGACUGCACACCAAUAUAUACUUAUGUACUACUACAUUUUACUAAGACCAUGAAAAUAACAUCUGCAUCACGGGAAGCACAUCUGCUGGCCUACACCAGAUUCUUCCAUGGUUGUAUUAUCACAAGGUCAUUGGUGUUUCAGCAUUUCUUUCUAUUUGUUGAAGGAGAGGCUGCAAAGCCAGCUGUCACCUCUGUGCUUGAAUCUAUUCGGGGUGUCAAAAUUAUUUACAGAACUAAAGAAUUGAAAGAGAAACAGGACAAAAGUCGCAUUUGGAACGAGACUUGGCUAUCAGGUUUCUUUUACAAGCCUUGUAAUUACGAACUAUUUGUCAAGCAAUCACUAAACAUGGAAAUGGCUAUUAUUAUGGCAAGGGAUGCUGGGAUGGAUUGGAUCAUUCACCUUGAUACUGAUGAGUUGAUUCACCCAGCUGGUGCCCGAGAGUACUCCCUGAGGCGAUUGCUUUUAGAUAUUCCUGACAAUGUUGACAUGGUUAUCUUCCCCAAUUAUGAGAGCAGCAUUGAGCGUGAUGACAUUAAGGAUCCUUUCACUGAGGUUUCCAUGUUUAAGAAAAAUUAUGAUCAUCUUCCGAAGGAUACAUACUUUGGUCUAUACAAAGAAGCAACACGUGGUAAUCCAAACUACUUCCUUACUUAUGGUAAUGGGAAAUCGGCUGCAAGGGUUCAAGAGCAUUUGCGUCCAAAUGGUGCUCAUAGAUGGCAUAAUUACAUGAAAUCCCCAAAUGAAAUCAAAUUGGAGGAGGCUGCUAUUCUGCAUUACACCUACACAAAGUUCUCAGACCUAACCUCAAGGCGGGAUAGGUGUGGUUGCAAGCCAACUAAAGAAGAUGUGAAGCGAUGUUUUAUCUUGGAAUUUGACCGUUUGGCCUUUAUAAUUGCAUCAACAGCGACUGAGGAGGAGAUGAAGAACUGGUACCGGGAACAUGUUGUAUGGACUGAUAAAGACAGCAAUUUGAAACUUUUGAGGAAGGGUGUCUUAACACGUAUAUAUGCGCCCAUGGCUAUCAUCCGUGGCCUCAAGGAAUCCGGUGUCUUUACCAAUGCAGUAACAUCAGCGAAAGCACAGUCGAAAAUAAAGUCAUCAAACAUGGGUCUUGAAAACGAGGCCAUCCAACUAAACGGAACGGCUGGUCAGUCCACACUGGAAGGUGGCCACGAAAAGUUGCAGGCAACCGUAAGAAAGAUCCUGGAAAUGGUUGACGCCCAGGAAGAAGCAAUGCCGCCAAUGUCGCCCCCGGGUUUUCUGGAGCUCUCUGAAAGCGCCACUGCUUUGUCAUGA